AUGGGCAAGAAGGCUGAGCAGAAGAAGCGGGAAAAGAUUGUCGAAGACAAAACGUUUGGGUUGAAGAAUAAGAACAGAAGCUCGAAGGUACAGUCCUACAUUCAAUCCAUUUCCAAAAGUGUCAAUCAAGGAAACCCCAAUGACCGUAAGCGUAAUGAGGAUCUUGAAGCAAAACGAAAGGCCCGUGAGGAGAAGAAGGCCUUCGAGAUGGAGAUGGCUCGCCUCUUCAAGGACGUUUCUACCGUCAAUAAACAGGACAAAUCGAAGCAAGAGGAAAGUGCCAACAACGCAGAAGGUGAAGAGGUCGACAAAAAUCUCGGUUGCGCCCCUGAUGAAUACCUGUUCAGACCAGAGGACUUUGACGAGGUGCAAUACGAUGAGCGCCGAUUAGAGGAACAGCUGGAGGCGGAACGUGAAGCAUUGAAGGGGCGCAGUGAUCUCACACCCGUUACGGAGGAAAGUUUUCAAGCCUGGAAAGCGGCCAAGCGACAGGAGGCAGCCGAGGCGGAUGCCGCUCGUGUGCGGAAGGCGAAAGCCGGCGAGGGCAAACUUCGUGGUUGGGACUUAUGGCAAAUGGAUAAGGAACUAUUUGUUGAUGACGAGGAUGCCGAUGAGGCGUAUGAGAGGGAAUCCAUUCCAGACGAAGACGCCGACGAAGCCGCGUAUGAUCUUUCUUGA